AUGGCACGCGGCGUCGGGAAGAAGUCAGACGCGGCGCGCCCGCCCCCCCAGGCGUGGCUCGCCAACUGCCUCCAUCCCGGCGCGAGGGUCGUGACCGCCAAGGACGUCGUCCUCGCGCCCGUGGCCGAUCACGCCGGCGCCGAGAAGGAGAAGAAGCCCCGGGGCGGCGGUCGCCCCCGCGGCGCGGCGCCCGGCGGCGAGCCCGUCGACUACGCGGCGCACGAGGUCGUCCCGCCGCCCGAGGGAUGGAGACGCGAGGUGAUCCCGCGCAAGAGCGUGCAGGGCGCCGACGCUUACUACUACUCCCCCUGCGGGAAGCGCAUGAGGUCGAAGCCGGACGUGCAGCGAUUCCUGGACAAGAAAAGGCCGGAGGGCAAGUACACGGACGUGACCAUCGAUCAGUUCGAUUUCUCCACGCAGCCCAGGGCGGUGAAGGCGCCCAAGGAGGAGAAACCGAAGAAGGAGGGCGGCGGAGGGCGCGGGGGGCGGGGCGGACGAGGCGGGCGGGGCGGGCGCGGCGGUCGAGGGGGAUCCAAGGAUGCGCCCGCCGUCGCGACAGAGCCCGAGGCGGCGCCGGCGGACGGACGGACGGAGGAAGACGCGGGCGAGGACGCCGACGAGCCGGGCGCCAAGCGGACCAAGACGGACGCGCCGACGGACGAACCCGCGGCGGACGUCGAGAUGGGAGACGACGCGUGA